UUCACUUCCGGGAGGUGUGGUCAUGGCACGUCACCUGCGUCAUCUAAACCCGCAGAACAGCUGAUCGUGACGUCACUCGUCAACAUGGCGGACUGGAAUAGAGGUCAGGACUCUGUGGACGACAUGCUGGACACUGAAAACAAGCGCCUGACUGAUAACCUCGCCAGCAAAGUGUCCAGACUGAAAUCUCUGGCGUAUGACAUCGACCGAGAGGCUGAAGAUCAGAACGAGUAUCUGGACGGCAUGGACUCGAACUUCCUGAGUGCGACAGGGCUGCUGAGCGGCAGCGUGAAGCGUUUCUCCACCAUGGUCCGGUCCGGCAGAGACAACCGGCGCAUCCUCUGCUACGUCUCCGGGGGCCUGGUGCUCGCCUUCUUCAUCCUCUACUACAUGAUCUCCAGGAUCCAGCGCUGACGGGGGAAACCCCACCAUCAGACAGGAGCUGAGACUGAAAACUCAUAUCUGAAAAUACUUUUUAUUCUGCACCAAAGUGAGAAAAAGACAAACAGGAAGUGGACGUUUCUGUUGAAUCGUUGGCGGGUGUCAAAAUGCUCAGCAGGGGAAACGGGGAUGGUACUGUCUGGUAUAAAGAUACUGGAGUCAAUUAAAAGAAACAUGAUUGGACUAAAGGUGGCUUUUCAACUGUACCUGAAGUCCUUAUAUGGGCGCGGUCAUGCCAUAGACACUGGAAACAAUUAAAAGAAACAUGAUUGGACUGAUUGGGGCUUUUAAACUUUACCUUUCUCCCUUCCUGCUGUACUCAGGAAGUCCUUAUAUGGGCAAUGGAAUGGUGGAGCCUGAAUGCAGCUCUGUGAUAGGCUGAUGAACCUGUCAAUCAUGACCAACUUCCCACGAAGAGUCUCACCUCCAGAAUACAACAAAUAAUUGGACGCACGUUUUGGGUUGUAGCGUUGUAGUGUGUUCAAACUGCACAUUUCUAAUAUGUUUACAAAAUUAUAUAAAAAAAGUACAGAGAAUUGAAGACAAAAAAACUUAACAAAGCUGCAAAAGAAAAUGUGAUUUUGGUGGUGAGACAUAAACAGAAAGGUUAUGGGGGAACAUUUAUUAAAUGUCUGGAAAACAUUGUGCUUUUCUUGGUAAGGUUAAAUUAUUCCAAGUUUUAUGGACGUUGGCAUGAAUUUCUUGUCGAUACAAAACAAUGAUUUUUAAAGAUGUUUUCUAUCAAACAGCUGAAAAACAUUUCUUGACAAUUGAUAUGUAAUAGUAUAGAGGAAGGAAUAGAGACACAGCGUCUGGGGAGAACAGAAAGUGACACCGCCAUCUUUGUUUCUUGCUGAUCUCUAAAUCACAAGGCAAUGAUGUCAUGUCUUGAAGGACUGUCAAUCAACUGUGAUGUAAAUACAUUUGUAAACAAGAGUAGAUAGCUCUCGUUAGCAUCGUA